AUGGAUGCCUUCAAGCUGCUGACGCGGUCAUCAAACUUGAAGUCUGCUGCAUCGACGACAGCCAAGUCUACUGCCCGUCUGCCUUCAACGGGCAAGGCGGCGAAUCCGCAGCUCUUCCGAACUGCCGCAGGAGAGAAGCUCGAAUCGGCGCAAAAUGAUAAAAAGAGGAAAAGAACUGCCGCUGGUGCUGCCGAAGGCGAUGAGAACGACGCUGCUGACCUGGACUUUUUCCAUUCAUCGAAGCGGUCCUCUGCAGCCAAGACCGAGGUGUCUGAGUCUGCCCAGGGAGCGCAGGAGCAGACGCUGGACCAGGAUGAUGGAUCUGAUGAAGAGGAUGAGAUGGACGAGAUUGAGCGUCGCACUAUUCUGAAUUCUCAUAAGAUCAAGGUGACCGAUCUACGUGAUGUUGAUGAGAUUCAACCCCAAGUUGCGUCUACGACGGAAUCCACGAAGAAAAAAAAGAAGCAAAAGAAGGAAGAACCAUCUGUUCUGAGCAAAAAAGAGCAGAAGCGGGCCCGUCGACUGUAUCCACAGCCGUUGACAUCCUUCAAGGAGCUACGGACGAGAUAUAAGAUCUCCCGUCGGCUUGCUGAGAACGUUGCGGAUCAGGGCUUUACAGUCCCUACGGAAGUGCAGCUAGGCACGCUGCCACUUCUGCUGGGUAAUUUACCAAGCUCAGCAGAUUCUGCCGAAGAACCUGAUCUUUUGGUCGUGGCGCCCACUGGUAGCGGAAAGACGCUCUCUUUCUUGAUUCCAGUGAUCAACAAGAUCGUUCGCCACCAUCACUCCUCACAGUCUGAUGAGCAUGGGAUCUUGGCCAUCGUUGUUGCUCCGACCAAGGAGCUGGCCAGUCAGAUCGUCAAUGAGGGCCGGAAACUGGUCGCUGGUACUGGUGUCAAGAUCACGCUAAUGAAGAAGGGAAUGCGUGUCGUGGAACGCAGUGACGAGGGGGAAUCGAAUGUUCUCGACGAGAACAGCGAUGCUUCGGAAUCCGAGGAAGAAGACGACGAACAAAAGUCGAGUAACGCAUCAAAGAAAAUUCCUGUGACGAAGAGUGACAUUUUGGUCACCACACCACUGCAACUGGUGAAUGCUCUCUCGGAGCAUCAGACUAAACCUCUCGCUCAAUUGCCAUUUGUCCGCAGCUUAAUCUUGGAUGAGGCCGAUGUACUUCUCGAUCCACUCUUCCGCGAACAAACGCUCAGUAUCUGGCGCUCCUGUGUUCACCCUAAUUUGCGCGUGAGCCUCUGGUCCGCAACCAUGGGCUCCAAUAUUGACGAUCUCAUCCGUUCGACGAUCAAGGAGCGACAGGCCGAAAUUGGAAUUGCAAGCACCACACAACACCCUCUCAUUCGCCUCGUGGUUGGUCUGAAGGACUCUGCCAUUCCCAACAUCGAACACAAGCUGGUCUAUGCUGCUACUGAGCAAGGCAAGCUUCUUGGCCUACGCCAGCUUCUCCACCCAGCCGCUGCCUCGGCUUCUGAUGUCCGUCUCCGCCCACCAUUCCUCAUUUUCACUCAAACGAUUCCCCGCGCCAUUGCAUUGCACUCGGAGCUGAAGUAUGACAUUCCCGCCGAAGCCGGUGGCUCUUCGCGCAUUGCCGUGCUCCACUCCGAUCUAUCUGACACGCAACGGUCCGAGAUCAUGCGAGACUUCCGCAAAGGCGAGAUCUGGAUUCUCGUAACAACAGACUUGCUCGCUCGUGGUGUGGACUUCCGUGGUAUUAAUGGUGUUGUCAACUAUGACAUCCCCAACUCCGCCGCCGUUUACGUCCACCGAGUUGGUCGGACUGGUCGUGCAGGACGUACGGGAGGCAUCGCUGUCACAUAUUACACCAAGGAAGACAUCCCCUACGUCAAGAGCAUCGCCAACAUCAUCGAUGUCAGCGAGAAGCUGCGUGGCACCGAGGGCGAGAAGUCCAUCCAAAAGUGGUUACUCGACUCGCUCCCUGACCUGAGCAAGAAGGAUAAAAAGGAGCUUAAGAAGCAUGGUGUCAAAGCGCGCCAGGUCACCAAGCAUGUGGGUAAGAACGGGAAAGACGCAGAUGAUAAGGGCGCGCGUGGCAUGCGGAUCAGUACGAAGAGUGGAUUCGAGAGGCGCAUGGAGAAUCGCAGAAGGGGAGCCAUCGAGGCCAGUCGGAAGCGUAAGGCUAAUUCCAGCGCUCAAACUGGUGGUGAGAGUGACAGGGAAAGCUGGAAGGGACUGGAUGACUGA